UUAUAGGAGGAGGUGAGUGGUGAGGACUACAAGGAUUGGCUUUUUCUAGGAGGAGGGUAGCGAGGACUACAAGGGAAGUGGGGUUUGCAUAGAGGUAAAGGAGGAUUGUGGGGGUCUUUGGUGCUCCUUGAGCUUGGUUGUUUUCUUGCAGACGUUUCAUGACCCAACUAGGAAAUAUCAUCAGUGUUAAGAAGCAGUGGAGUUUGUUCUUAUUUUUUCAUUUUUUUAAAAAAAUGAACCAACUCCACUCCCUCUUAGACCUGGUGACGUUCCCUAGUUGGGUAAUGGACCGUGGGUGGGGGGCCCACCCCCCCCCCCCACCAAGCCCAGCCGCAGUGACCGAUGUUCUCUCCUUCUGAUACCCCUUCAACGGCCUUUUCUCUCUUUCCUGAGGAAAGAAUCCCCCCCGGAUUGCGCAAUGGAGUCCCGCCCUCAGGCCCCUCUUCUCCCUGAGCAGACUUUCGACCGGGAAGUCAAGCAAAACAUGGCCGAGCUUUCGCUCUGGACCGUCGUGGCCGCCAUCCAAGCGGUCGAGAGGAAAGUCGAUGCGCACGCCAGCCGGCUGCUCAACCUGGAGCGCCGCGUGAUGACCAACGAGAAGAAAUACGUGGACUGCGAGAACGCCGUGGUGGACUUCGGCAACCAGAUGGAGUGCAAGCUCUCAGCCCUGGGCACCCUCAUCCAGGAAUAUGGGCUGCUCCAGAGGAGGCUGGAGAACAUGGAGAACCUCUUGAAGAACCAGAACUUCUGGAUCCUCAGGCUUCCCCCGGGAUCCAAGGGGGAGACGCCAAAGGUGCCCAUGACUUUUGAAGACAACGCUGUCUACUUCUCAGAGCAGGAGUGGGGCAACCUGGAGGAAUGGCAGAAGGAACUCUACAAGAACGUGAUGAAGAGUAACUACGAGUCACUGGUCUCCUUGGACUAUGCCAUCGCUAAACCAGAUCUUCUGUCCCGGAUCGAGCAAGGAGAACGUCCCUGCGCUGAGGAAGAGGAGGCAGCAACAACAGACAGAGUGAUACCUUCGGAACCCAGCCCAGAAAUCCUGGUUUUUCGACCCUGCCUCUCCUCCCCAGCAGAAGGGGGUCACAGCCAAGAAGGGGAACAGGGAGAAGGACGGAGAGUCCCACAGGCAUCCAGCGUCGAUGACGAAGUUGCCCAGACGUCCUUCAGGUCUCAAGGGAAGCGAGAUCUGGAGAGGACCAUGGAGGCCGCCCCAGACAUCUCGGACAAAGGCGAGCUUCACGUCCCGCCAACUAUGGCCCUCGCAACCAACCACAUCUUAAUCAAAACGGAGCCAGACGACGACUCUGCAGCCCAUGAGACCUGGAUGAUGGCGGGAGAGACAUUUGUGGAAAGAAUUAUAAAGAAAGAAGAGGACUUCGAUUCCUGUAUGUGGCCAAGGGACUCUCCAGGGGAGACAGCCGACUACAGUGCCAACGAGGGCAGUCUGGCGGAAGAAGCAGCUGCUCAUGUCCGCCGGCAGUGUCAGAUUGGCCGCCAAGAGCGCCCACAAAGUUACAGAAGUCUCACCCCUUCGGGGCGAAAUCUCUCCUUGCCACUCGUGAAUGGGACCCCUCUGAUGUCACCUCAAGAGACAGGGCAGCCAUCUGCCGGUCCGCCGGGAGAGAAGCUGUGGGCUUGUCCACUGUGCCACCAACGCUUCCGACUCCACGUCCACCUGCUGCUCCAUCAGAACACCCACCGGGAAGCGCCUGCCGAGCCUGUGCCGAAGGACCCACUGGGCUGCCCCUACUGUCCCCGGCGUUUCGGCCGCUCAGAUCACCUGCUACGUCACCAGAUGAGCCAUACGGGCGCCCGGCCUCAUCAAUGCCCGGCAUGUGAGAAGAGCUUUACAGACAAAAGCAAGCUGACCAAUCACUUCCGGACCCACACGGGAGAACGCCCCUUCCACUGCACAGACUGCGGGAAGCACUUCGUCCGGCGGCACCACCUGGCCAAGCACCAGCGCACCCACACGCGGGAGCGGCCCCACCAGUGCCCGCUCUGCCCGAAGAGCUUCAUGCAGAAGCACCACCUGCAGAAGCACCUCCGCACCCACACAGGAGAGAAGCCCUACAAGUGCGGCCUGUGCCCCAAGGCUUUCGCCUGCAAGCAGCGCCUGCUGCAGCACAGCUGCACCUUGCCUCCGGUGCCCCCCUCUGAAACCGCCGGGCGGCCCUUGGCCCUCCUGAAAGGGACGCCCACUUCCACUUCAAAACCAGCGUGGGAUGGAGAAAUGAAGGUCAGGAACUCGGAAGCAUCUGGGUCCGCCAUGUCUGCAGGAGAAGCCACGGAGGCCGCAAUGGAUCCCCCCAAUGCCCAGUUGCUCCAUCUGGAGCAGAGAAUGGUGGCGGCCGAGCAGAAGUGGAUGGGCUGUGAGAAAACCGUGAUGGAAAUGGGGAGCCAGCUGGAGAGCAAACUGGCCAUGUUGGGGACCAUCUUGGAGGAGAACAGUGUGUUGCAGCGCAGGUUGGAAAACCUUGAGAGCCUGUUGAAGAACCAGAACUUCUGGAUCUUGCGAUUUCCUCCAGGAUUUAAAGGAGAAGUCCCUAAGGUGCCCUUGAACUUCAGUGACGCUUCGGUCCAUUUCAAUGAGCAGGAAUGGAGGAAGCUGGAAGAGUGGCAGAGAGAGCUUUAUAGAACGGUCAUGAGGAGCAACUACGACAUGCUGGUCUCCUUGGAUCAUGCCAUUUCCAAGCCUGAUAUCCUGUCCCAGAUGGACCAAGGGGAGGAAGUCCGCAUGGAGGAGUCAGAAGUCUUGGAGAAUAGGGAGAUACCUAAAGAUCCCAGCUGCACCACUUCCCCGGUUGAUGUGGCAGAGGUUUCUUCUGGAGAUGGAGAGGCUGAGGAAGAAACUAAUCUGUUUGUUGAUGUGGCAGAUGCUUCUUCUGGGGAUGGAGAGGCUGAGGAAGAAACUAAUCUGUUUGUUGACGUAGCAGAUGCUUCUUCUGGGGAUGGAGAAGCGGAAGAAAGUAACCUGUUCGUCAAUCAGGAGAAUUGCUAUGAAAUGAGCUUCAUUGAUAGCGCUGGCCUUGAAUAUCAGAUCGUUCGUCAUAAUAUCAAGGAAGAAAAAGAAGAGCUCCAUAUUAAGGAGGAACCAUGGUCUCCUGGAAGCCCCGGCAGUGAUGAAUAUCCUCCUGCUGCAGUCACCAUUAAACAAGAAGAGGAAUUGUGUGUCGAUCAGGGGGGUUUGGCUUCACUUGACAAGAUGAGUGCAAAAAGAAAGAGCUAUUCCGUCGAGUUCAAGAAAGGGAUCGUGGAAGACUCUUGGGGCAAGAAUCUUACCGCUUUUUGCAAUGAGAAGAAGUUGGAUCUCCGAAUGGUCCGAAAAUGGCGAGCAGAGUACAAUAACCUCACUCAACAGUUGGACAAGGGAAAUGCUAAGAAGCGCAAGUGUGGAUCAGGUCGGCAGCCAUUAUUUCCUGAACUGGAAGACAUCAUCUGUGAAUGGAUUGCUGACAGGAGAGCAAAAGCUUUGGUUGUGCGCAGGGCUGAUAUUCAAGCAUUUGCUCUUGCAAUGGCACCACACUUAGAAAUAUCCCCAGAAUUCAAAGCAUCACAACGCUGGCUGGAUGACUUCCUCCAGCGAUAUGAACUGUCUCUAAGAAAAUCGACAACACUAUUCAAGCUGGAAAAUACUGAACUUAUUAAACGUGCACUUGCAUUCAAGUCCUUUGUUGAUAGCAUCAACUUUUCUAAAUACCAACCCUCCAACAUGAUUGCUAUGGAUGAAACUGCAGUGUUUAUGGGCCAAGGAUCUCAAAUGACAAUUGAUCAGAGGGAUGCCUCAUCAAUCUACUUUCCCUCCACUGGUUACGAAAGUGCACGUAUUACGUGUAUUUUGGCAAUUCGUCUGAAUGGAAAGAAAGCCCCACCUCUAAUCAUUACUAAGGGCAAGAAAAAUAAGAUUGAAUGCGUUUCAGGCAUUUACGUUCUUGAAACCAAAAAACCCUGGUGCACACAAGCAGUUAUAAGGGAGUGGGUCGAUUUAAUGCUACCACUUGUUUUGCGAGGUGGUCAGAGAGGUCUGCUAGUCUGGGAUUCAGCCAGCACUCACCGCUCUAAAGACAUGAAGAAUUUCCUUGCAGAGAGAAGAAUAGAUCAAAUAAUGAUUCCUGCAGGAAUGACUGCCUAUCUCCAGACUCUUGAUAUUGCAAUAAGCAAGCCAUUCAAGGACCAUUUGCACAUGGAAAUCAAUGACUACAUUGAAAAUAGAAUGGAGAGAAAUCAGCAUGGACACUUUGUGAAGCCUAGCCUGCCAGAGGUUGUGACUUGGGUGAAGAAUGCAUGGGAUAAAAUCACUGACAGCUGUGUUGCCAAUGCACUACGAGCAGGCUACUUGGACAAGAAGUGCUCAUUUAAGGAGAGCUCUAUUGCUGGACAUGACAGGUUGGGGCCAAUGGUUCUACAGGAAAUGGAGUCACAAGAAAUUCAGGCUGGAAUUAAAGGUUUGGAGAGUUAUGACGACGUUCCAGAAGAAGAUGACAUGACUAUAUUUGAAUAAAUGUAGAUUGGUGUACAUCAGGAGUGUCAAACUCGAUUUCAUUGAGGGCCGCAUCAGCAUCGUGGUUGCCCUUAGGGGGAGUGGGGGGCAUGGUCAGUUCAUAAACAAAGACAGACAGUGGGACAGAGUGGGUGGGUGCCUGCUGCUUGGAGGGCUGGCCCAUUGGUCACAGCGCUCGGACUCACCUGCCCUCCAUGGGUUGCACAGUGCCAGCGGGCUACAGCUGCUGUCGGACACUAUCGGUUACUAUACACUUGCUGCCUCCUGUGCAUGCACCGGAGGGCUGUUCUGGGGCUGAAGGGGUUAGAUCCUUGCCAACUCUGGGGCACCCCUUCAGGCCAAAUAUAAGCCCAUCUGGCCCACUGGCCUUGUGUUUGACAUGGCUGUUAUAAAUGAAAGAAAAAGACAUCACCUGAAAAUAAGCCUUUUUCCUCCCUUUCGGAGGAAAAAUUAAUAUAAAUUCUGGUCUUAUUUUGGGGGAAACAUUAGUAGUCCUUGGAUUAUGACCUUGUUGAGCGACUGCUUGAAGUUACCGGACACUGAGCAAGUGGUACUUAGCCUGGUCCUUGAAAUUCUAGCUGUUGCAGCAUCUCGUGGUGACACAAUCUCCUUUGGAAAGCUUCUUUGCUGGCUUCCCACAAGCAAAGUCAAUGGGGAAGCCGGCAGGGAAGGUCACAGUUUGUAUCUUUAAGUCACUCCUGCCACAUUUCUCCUGAGAAGCCCCAUUAUGGAGAUCCCAGGGAUCUUGUACUCCAUAGCAUUCCAAGCACAUGCCCAUCUGCAGCACCCCUCCGCCCACCUGUCUGCCUGUGAUCCCCAUCAACCCACUCAUGCUCCCAAUCUGUGGCACCCAUGCUGUCCCCCACCUGUCCUUGCCUGUGUCUCCCACCUCUUCCCACUUAACUGUGCAGUCCUGGAGUAACAGUGGCAAUCAGGACUGCUGGGAUUGCUGUUAUUUAAUAAUUUGGUCAAGUGAUGUUACAAUUUAUCAUUUAGUGACGAGAAUUCCAGUCUCAAUCGUUACAACCCAGGGAGUACCUGUAAUAAAUGUUUUCAUUGCAAGUGAUUUUAGUCUGUUAUUUGUCCUUAGGAUAAGGAUGAAUUGUAGAACAUCUUCUUUUCAGACUUUGAUUUCUAAACUGGAAU